AUGCUGGACUGGAUGAAGGGGAACGAGGCUGGGGCAGCAGACACCUCCAAGGUGCUGGAGCCCCCCGAGACGCCCGCUCCCGUGUUUGCGAUGCGCGCCUUCAAGAGCGCUUUGUUUGGCACGCCCGGUGCCGAAGAAGAGGAGAAGGCGAACGCGGAGGAUAAGGAGGAUACCUCACAAUCGAAGCCAUCCGUUCACCAGCGCAGCAAGAGCGACACCACCAAGCCUAUCACCAUCGAGAAGGAGCCCGCGAAACCAGACAUCAACUCUACCUUCAAUCCCUCGGGUUCGCCCACCAAGAGCAUACUCGUCACGCCUGGUACCAUUGCGAACCGUCGCAAAACAGUCUCCUUUGGUGAGGGCGUGGUUGACAAUGAGGGGAAACGCGAGAGUCAGUCCAGCAGGGCUCCGAAGACACCUCCAAAUCCGUCCGGGAUUACUGCACAAUGGAUGUCCGGCUCCGCAAAUGGCAAGCCACCAAGCAAGUUGACCCAAACUCUGCUCGAUGCUCGUGAUAACGCGUCGAAGAAUGCCGAGUCGGCCAAAUCUACCCAAGAAAAUUCGUCCGAGUCCAAACCCGCUACGCGCACCCCAUCAGAGGACGAACCAGCCGUUGAAGAUAUUACCAUCAAUUUGGAUGAGCCGCGGUCGGAGUCUGGGAAAUAUUGGAAGACGGAAUUCGACAACUAUCGCGUGCGUACCAAUCGCGAGAUCAAAAAGCUUAUUCACUACCGCUCAAUCGCCAAGUCCUAUGCUCGAAAGAAGGAUUCAGAGGCAUUGCGCCUGGCAGAUAAGCUUCGAGAAGAAGAAGAGAAAGUGGCAGAUAUGGAGCGUCAAGUGUCCCGCCUUGCUGCGACCAUUGUCGGGGAAGGAUCCAAGGCAGACAAGGAGCAAUUGAUCCAAGACCUGACCAAGCAGACUACUCUGGCACUGCAGUACAAGCAGCAAGUGACGUCUCUACGCAACACGCUAGAGCAACAAGGUGUGAUCAAGAAUGAUAUGGUGAAGACCACGGAAUCAGCAAAGGAAGAGCCAUCAUCACAAAGCUCCUCGAACUCCUCGGAAGAACUCCGCAAGGCUUAUGAGGAGCUAAAACAAGCAAACGCCAAGAUCGAAGAGCUGAAGCGUCAGAAUCCAGAUCUCAGUAGACUCCAAAGCCUCGCGCAGAGUUCUGAAAAGAAAGCGCAGGAGCUCGAGAAGGAGAAUAACACCCUCAAGCAAACAUUGGCUCGUGUCAAACAAGAAAUGUCACGAUACGAGGGCCGGCGCAAGGAAAAGGAGACCAGGCUCAAGCAAAGAGAAACUAAGCUCGAGGCCCGCAUCCAAGAGUACCGCGAUCGACUCAAGACGACUAUCCAAGAACACCGGGAGUCAGAAGAGAAGCUACGGGCCACAUUCGACGAGGAGCGUCGCCGCAUGCAAAACCAAAUCGAUCUUCUCAAGAUCAAAGCAUCUGCAUCUGACCGCAGCAUCCCAACUCUACGAACCCAGCAACGGCAUUCCCUCAGCCCACGCAAAGCUUACGACGGCGUACACGUACACGAUUUCGCUGCACAGGAUCACCCCAUAUCAGACGAAGAAGCCACAGAGGACCUAGACGCACCACCAAGUCCCAGCCCGCGCUCCAAGGCCCGAGAACAGCGCCAUCACACCCGCAACGCAACAACGGGUACCAUCGAUCUCAAGCGCACAGCACGAGACAUCGCAGCCGACGACGACGAAGUCACACACUAUCUAAACGAGAUCCUCCCAAAACCACACCUCACUCACCGCACCAAUCAAACCACAGUACCCCCAUCCUCCCCACCAGACAUUCCAGUGCUCAAAACCCUCGACCGCAAUCAUCCAAAGUACCUCAACACGGGCGAGAACCAGCGCAGCUACCGCUCUCUCUACCGACGUGAUAAUGGAGAGACAUCAGAGCACCGAUACGGAAAUCUCACGCACCGUCCCCGUACGCACAUCAAGUCUGCGCUAGACUCGAUGUCUGCGCUUCCGCCCUCGCGCCCUACAUAUGCCGGGCACACUAUCACUGCCGGCGAGCGCGGGCUUCGACGGACAGGGCUGGCGGAUAUGAGGGGUGAAAUAAUGUUAUCGCCGGAACGUGUUGCUGCGGCUAAGUCGCGGCUAAAGAUUAAGGGUGAAAGUCGGAAGGUCAAGGCGUUGGGGAAAGAGAACAAUGCUGGGGAGUUAUUGAGUUGA